AUGCCGCAGCUGCCGGGGGCCGGGGGCGGCGGGGGGGACCCGGAGCUCUGCGCCACCGACGAGAUGAUCCCCUUCAAGGACGAGGGGGACCCCCAGAAGGAGAAGAUCUUCGCCGAGAUCAGCCACCCCGAGGAGGAGGGCGACCUGGCCGACAUCAAGUCCUCCCUCGUCAACGAGUCCGAGAUCGCCCCCGGCGCCAACGGGCACGAGGUUUCCAGGCAGACUCAAGCGCAGGAUUCCUACCAUGAUAAAGGCAGAGAGCACCCCGAGGAAGGAAAGCAUCCAGACAGUGGCUUAUACAGCAAGGGACCAUCAUACUCUGGUUAUUCUGGGUAUAUCAUGAUGCCAAAUAUGAAUAACGACCCGUACAUGCCUAAUGGAUCUCUGUCGCCACCCAUCCCCAGAACAUCAAACAAGGUGCCAGUGGUACAGCCUUCUCAUGCGGUUCACCCCCUCACCCCUCUUAUCACCUACAGCGAUGAGCACUUUUCCCCGGGGUCGCACCCGUCUCACAUCCCCUCUGACGUCAGCUCCAAACAAGGCAUGUCCAGGCAUCCUCCAGCUCCUGAUCUCCCUACCUUCUAUCCCUUGUCUCCAGGGGGGGUUGGACAGAUUACACCACCUCUUGGCUGGCAAGGUCAGCCUGUAUAUCCCAUCUCGAGUGGAUUCAGGCAGCCCUAUCCAUCCUCACUCUCAGUCGACCCUUCCAUGUCCAGGUUUUCACAUCACAUGAUUCCUGGUCCUCCAGGCCCUCACACAACUGGAAUCCCUCACCCAGCUAUUGUAACACCUCAAGUAAAACAAGAACAUCCACACAACGACAGUGAGCUAAUACAUGUGAAGCCUCAGCACGAACAGAGAAAAGAACAAGAGCCAAAAAGACCUCAUAUUAAGAAACCUCUGAAUGCUUUCAUGUUGUACAUGAAAGAAAUGAGAGCGAACGUUGUAGCAGAGUGUACUCUGAAAGAAAGCGCAGCUAUCAACCAGAUUCUUGGCAGAAGGUGGCAUGCUCUCUCCCGUGAAGAACAAGCGAAAUAUUAUGAACUAGCUCGUAAAGAAAGGCAGCUACACAUGCAGCUAUAUCCAGGCUGGUCUGCAAGAGACAACUAUGGGAAGAAAAAGAAGAGGAAGAGAGAAAAGUUGCAGGAAUCAGCAUCAGGUACAGGCCCCAGAAUGACAGCUGCCUACAUCUGA